AUGUCCAACUCGAAUCCAAACACCCUGCCCAAGCUGACUACCAUCCGAAUGGCAUUUUAUUUUGCUCUCAGAUGCAUCCUUGCAUGUGCUCAACCGGGCCACCAGGGUCUUGGCGAAAUUCCUUCGAUUGCUUCCGAUCUUUAUUCCAUCCCAGAAGAUCUUUACAGUGCCCACAACCUGAAGCGUCCCUUGGAACAUAAACAGGCCCCAGAUCAACCAGACUUCUCUGGCGUUGGCACUCGGGGGACGAACCUCGUCGGCCACAGAAGUGACUAUGAAGCGGUGAAUCCGCAAAACGAUGUGAUGACAAAAAGGCAAAAGACAGCUCAGAAUGGCUAUGGUAGUCGCAUUCCGCAAUCGAGCCUCGGCCCGCAUGUUUUAUCUCCUGGCGUCACUCUUGAUGAGGCGUUCCCAGGAAUUGAAUUUGAAGGGAUACAAAACCAUCGAUCAGGCUACGAUCUUUACGAGCUUGCCAGUUUUUCUUCUGCCUCAACUUCGCCUUCUUCGUUCUUGAGGUCACCAUCCCACUCCAUAUUACAAAACGGAAUGGGCUUCACUUUCGAAAAACAGCAUUCCAUUGAACCAACACCAGAGUCUAUGUUUGAAUCUAUGUCAGACAUGAGUACCGAUGAUGAUGACCUCAAGAUGUCUAAGCUGCUCAAACAAUUGCAAUCCCCUGAAUUCGAAAAUUUCGAUACUCAACAUUCUUCAUCCCUCUUGCAGGAUGACCCACAAGUACACCCGCAUCUCCCACAAUUGGAAUUGUUUGUUGGAGAAGAUCAAGCGCAUUUUCAAGUUCAUCCACCAAUUCGAUCUGAUCCACAUGAUGGAGUUACCAACCGUCAAAUUCAGCAUCCUGAUCAUCAAGUAGAGGAUCAUUCGGGAAAUCAAGGAAUUGUAGCUCCGGGUAACUCACAUGCCCAAUAUGGCAGCAAGUUCUUUGGACAAUUGAACGAGAACCGUCAAGUUUCGUCAGAGGCAUCGCUAAAUCAAGACCAGGCGGAAGUUUCCAACGAGUCUCUUCAAGUCAACAACAGCGAUGAGGGCGAAAAUGUGCACGAAUCCGAGGAUUCGACUCUUCUCAAUAAAGGCAGGUUCUUAGGAAGAAGUAUUAAUGACAGACUUUUGGCAAGCUUUACCAAAAAAUUUGAUUAUCACAUGAUGGAACUCUUUGCACCUUCAAGCAGCACAUCAAAUAGAAAUGAUCAUCCAAUACACGGAUUGACAACUAGGAUGUCUCGAAAAGGCAAUUCAUACAUAAUCAGGAUUGGAUCGGCUCGCAAGGUCCGUCCUGGAAGCGAGCCAACCCAACCCAAAGCUCAAAAAGGUCGAAAGCUCUAUUCUCAAUUUGUUGACUUGAUUAAAUGGCUCCUAUUCAUUAAUACUGCUGUUUUGAGGAAUUUGGAUGCAACACACACAUUGAACCAUUCUGAGCUCAACUACCACCAAAAGCUGAUAGCUUGGCUCUUCGAGGUAGCUUUCCAACCUAGAAAUAGUGCACCAGUUCUAGGAAGAAUCAGCUGUGACGCUUUAAAUGCGUUUAAACCAGGAGAAGAAUUCGGACCGAUACAGAGAAUAUUGAUCGAGUUCCUAUCAUUACCACAAAAUUCAGACGUAGCCAUUCAACCUGCACUUUCGCUCAUCAGGCUGUACUAUGAAGAGUUCAAGCCCGAAAUUUACAAGGAGCUGGGAAAUCUUAAUGCAGCUGAUUUCGAUUCAAAGAUCCGGUCACUGGUCGCUGAUGGAAUUCAUUCCCAUAUGAAAGUCGGAAGCAGCUCUGAUUUUGUUGUUGGGAGACAAAAAUUGGGAAAUUUUGCAAUCUUUGAUCUAGAAAAAUUUCCACAAACAAUGAAACCAAGAUCAUACCAAGUUAUACACGAAUUGAGACUAGGAAAGAAAGAAGGCGAUAUCUUGAACUAUUUUGAAAGGACUUUUUCCGAUCCCAGGACUAAAGAAGAGUUCUCGGAUACAUUUGGAUUAAGCUCGAAACCGGACAUCUCGCCAGAAAAGACCAAACUUUUAAAAAGUUGA